AUGGCGGCUCUUGGACGUUUCCUCUCCAAGUCAGCCGAAAGGGAACUCCCGUUUCUCCAGACGUUGAGGGCGGGAAAAAAGUUUGACUGGACAGAUGACAAAGCAGUGAGUACAGUGCUGAUUAAGAAGAAAGGAUCGGUGGACCAGCCGGUGUACUAUGUUAGUAAGGUUCUACAAGGCCCAGAAACAUGUUAUCCCUUCACUGAAAAUGUGGCGCUGGCCCUGCUGAACGCCUCCAGAAAAUUGAGGCCGUACUUCCAAGCCCAUUCCAUCAGCCCUAGGCAAGCCAUAAAAGGGCAAGCAUUAGCAGAUUUUAUUGUUGAAUGUACUCCCUCUAAAGAAGCCAAAGAAGAGAACAUAACAGAAUGGUUAUUGUUUGUAGAUGGGGCCUCCAGUUCACAAGGGAAUGGAGUUGGAGUCGUGCUUAUCCCGCCAGAAGGAGAAUCCCUCGAAUACUCUUUGAGAUUUGCUUUUCCAAGCUCGAAUAAUGUGGCUGAGUAUGAGGAGCUAAUUGUCGGUCUAAAGUUGGCCCGAAAGCUUGAAGUAGCACAAUUGAUAGCGCAUAGUGAUUCUCAGUUGAUUGUUCAACAAUACUACGGGCAAUACGAGACUAGAGAGCCGGUUAUGGGACAGUAUCUGCAUAAAGUUAGGACACUUGCACAAUUGUUCGAAAGUUUCCAGUUAAUGCAGAUCAACAGAUCCCUCAAUGGUCAUACGAAUGCCUUAUCCAAAUUGGCAUCCACCAAAGAAACCACUGAGAAAACAGUAUAUGUAGAAGUCCUUCAGAGACCAAGUAUAAACGAGCCCGAGGUAGCAUGCAUUGAGAAUGGUAACGACUGGAGAACCCCUUCUCACAAAUAUUUGACCAUGGGAGAAUUGCUAGCAAACCUGAAGGAGGCCAUAAAAAUUAAAAUUAAAGGGGCUUGUUUCACAAUGAUUGAUGGAACGCUUUACAAGCGAGCUUACACUACGCCGCUCCUCAAAUGCUUAGGUCCCCAGGAGACCGAUUACGCCUUGGCUCCUCAAAUGCUUAGGUCCCCAGCAGAGUAUGCGGAUGCCCAAACGAAGGUCAGGGAGUGUGAUAAAUGUCAGAGGCACGCUCCGAUUCAUUCUGCCCCAAUAUCGCAAUUACAGCCCACAUUACAGCCUAUCCCCUUCGCUCAAUGGGGCUUGGAUAUUCUAGGCCCAUUUGCGCGAGCUGCGGGGCAAAGGAAAUUUCUUCUGGUAGCAACAGAUUAUUUCACCAAGUGGAUUGAAGCAGAAGCCCUAGCCACUAUCAGUGCUAGGAAAGUAGAAGCCAUGGUGUGGAAAAACAUUAUAUGCCGGUUUAGUGUCCCACGAAUCAUCAACACUGAUCAUGGAAAGCAGUUUGACUGUGGUUCCUUUCGGAACUUCUGUAGAGGCCUAGAUAUUCAGUUAAGAAUUUCUUCAGUGGCAUAUCCCCAGGCUAACGGACAAGCUGAAAUUAGCAACAAAACAAUUUUACAUGGUUUGAAAACUCGGCUGGAAGGAGCAAAGGGAGCAUGGGUGGAGGAAUUGCCUACCGUCCUGUGGGCUUACCGAACAACCAGUUGGGUCUCAACGGGCAAAACGCCCUUUAACUUUGUGUAUGGGACAGAAGUUUUGAUUCCAGUAGAAAUCUCGUGCAAAUCACCCCGAUUGGACGCUUUUGAUGAAAGUGGCAGCUCAAAUAACUCUGAUGCACUGAAAGAAAAUCUUGAUCUCAUCAAGGAACAGAGAGACAGGGCGGCUGUACGAAUCGCUGCCUAUCAUAAAAGGGUGGCCCAUUAUUACAACUCUCGAGUAAAGAGCCGGCCUCUCAAGGAAGGAGAUUUGAUCCUCAGAAAGUCGGUCAUCACCAAUGCACUCCGAGAGGAUAGAAAAUUUCUGGCAAACUGGGAAGGGCCGUAUCGCAUCCAGGAAAUGAUAGGCCCUAGUACAUGUAUUCUCCAAACACUCCAGGGUGAAACCAUGAGCAAAACGCGGAGUACAACUCACCUGAAAUUGUACUCUCCUCCUAACAUGUAA